AUGGCAAUGCAGAAUUCAAACCCCACAAUCCUCAGCAAGGCAGACCUCCCAACCCGCCAACAGAAAUCCCGCCACUCCGCCGCAAACUCAGCGUCACAAUAUGCCAGCGAAAUAUUUGGCCAUGAUCUCCUAGCGGUUCCCUUCCACGACCCCUUUGCCGCAAGCUAUAUUAACGGCAGCUCAUCUGGAUCCGAAAGCGAAGAUGAUGAUUUGAUGGAAGAGCCCAUUGACGAGCAAGAAAUAUACGGUGCAUACCUAGUCUCUCGUCUAACUCCCAAAUUCCCUACUUCAAAAAAUCUAGUAUACCAAAAACUAACCACAUGUACUCCCGCAGACCUCAUCGCCACAAUCGCCGACCCAGAACACCCCAUAUCCCUCGGCGCCCUAGCCGUUGUCUCCCUUCUCGAUAUCUCUAUCCAGCCCUCCCUCCCCAGCAACCCCGACUCCCCUCUCCGCACCGUUUCCGUCCUGAUAACGCCUACAAUAACCCACUGCUCCCUUGCCACAGUGAUCGGGCUAGGUGUGCGUGUGCGGCUGGAGCAGUCAUUGCCCCCGCGCUUCCGCGUUGAUGUGCGUAUCAAGGAGGGCACGCAUAGUACGGCAGACGAGGUGAAUAAGCAGCUCGCGGAUAAGGAGCGGGUUGCGGCUGCGUUGGAGAAUGGGACGCUUAUGGGGGUUAUUGGGAAGAUGUUGGAGACGUGUCAGUGA